AUGACAGCCAUUGCAUCUGCACCAGUCAUGAGUAGCCACGACUCCGGUGCAGAGCCAGGACCUGAACACAGUCCCUCCCGAUUUACAGCAGUCAAUGGCAAGGAAUCAUCCGUCACUACCGCGGUCAACGUGGCGCAUGUCAUUUCAUCAGAUCGACCCAGCUUAGAUGCGCGGGAUCAACCAAGACAGGAUAUCUCAGAGCGAGAGGAACAUACCCCCGAGGAUCGAGGAUUAAGAUCUGAGUCGGGCGAACAGGAAUCGCGACAUCCAUCAGAACCAGAAGGCACAGGCAGGAGCUCCCUCAGCCAUGCUACGGACUUCAGUGGUCCUCCAACAUACAGCGGGGCGGGUUCGGGAUCUGUCUCAGAUAAUGAACCAGUGCCCCAUUUGUCCGGCCGGUCGGAUCCCCAGGAAGGCUCCCAGCCCCCCGGGAAUGGCCCAUGGCCGGAAUAUGAUACCCAGUUGGUUAAUCAAGCGCAACGGGCCCAACAGAUCGAUGCAUCUGAUGCUCAACUGGCGGAUGCUCUUCAACGAGAGGCGCAUUCCCAGGACCCGAAUCAUCGAAGCUUGAACGCGGCCCGUUCGAACCCCGCCCCCACGGCGCAGCCCGCCUCGUCACCAGCGUAUUCCUCGGAGCGCCCGACGACGGCAGUGCAGGUGGCGCCCAAGCGCAAGCGGGUCUUUAGCAACCGGACUAAGACUGGCUGCAUGACUUGUCGACGCCGAAAAAAGAAAUGUGAUGAGCAACACCCAGCAUGUAAUAAUUGUCUUAGAGGGGGAUUUUUAUGUGAAGGGUACUCGUCGCGAAGUACAUGGCAGAAGCCUUCAACCUCCAAGACCCCGGUUCCAUUGCAAUCGAAAGAAGGGUAUCCCGAAAUGAGCCCCCAGUAUAUCCCCGACAAUCAGCAUGACCAACAAUUGACCGAACACAUCAAUUCCCGGAAAAUGCGACCAAUCGUGGUGGAAGAGGAGCCGCAGCGAUCUGCCGCGCAAUACAAUACCAGUCCCACCGAUAACAGCGCAACCUGCUGGCCAAAGCGAACAACAUGGACAAAUACUCCCCACCCCCCUACAUAUCCAUCAGAGCAUAUACCGAAGCCACCGGAGUAUCGCGAAGUUCCAUCACUCCAUGAACUUACUCCUCGGGAGACAGCACCCAAACCAGAUUACCCGGUCGUGCCCCCAAUGCGAGAGAUCCCUCACGGACCCCCACCAAAAUCAAGCAUGCCUAUUCUGUUCCAAGGAGCGACAGCACCACCAGUUCCCGCAGCCACCGCCACAAUGGAUACCAACAGCCCGCAGGUCCAAGCGCGGAUGGCAUUGAGUAUUGAAAAUCAGCUCUCGGCUCGGCCCGUGCCAAACGACGAUACAGAAAUGGACAAGAUGAUCAAGGGCGAUCUCUACCGACCCUUCGAUGUGCAACUAGUCGAAGAACGAGAUCGAUGUCGACGCGCACUCGCGCGAUUCAACAAUGCUUGUAACCCACUCAAUGGGCUAAGCUCCAAGGAACAAAACAGACUAUUAAAGGAAAUCCUCGCUCCCCAACCAACAUCCAUUCUCAAACCACCCGGAUCCUCUGGAAUCUCAUCCCCAACUAUGCGUCGUCCUGCUCCUAGCAUUGGACCUGGCGCAAUUGUGGAAUCCCCCUUUACGUGUCACUACGGACACCUGAGUAUCGGCGAAGAUGUGAUGAUCUCACAUAACUGUGUGUUUAUCGACGACUGCUAUAUUUUUGUGGGCGCUCAUACGUGGAUUGGAUCCAAUGUUACCAUCCUUACCUCUAUGGCGCAUUCCAGUAUGCAAGAGCGUAAAGGUACGCAGAGUCGAUACGAGGGUCGUCGGGUACGAAUCAUGGAAGAUUGUUAUAUCGGUGCUGGGAGCACCAUUUACCCCGGCGUGACUCUGGGCCGAGGAGCGUAUAUUGCUCCAGGGGAGAUUGUUAAAAGUGAUGUAGUACCUUACGGGUUUCAAGGGUUCAAGCCGAAUUAUAUGUGA